UAGUUGUCAGGACUCCUGGUCGAAUCAUUGAUUUGAUCAACGGUAACAGCCUUAAAUUGGGAGAAGUGGAAUUUUGGUACUUGAUGAAGUUGAUCAGAUGCUUGCCGUUGGUUUUGAGGAAGAUGUGGAGGUGAUCUUGGAAAAGCUUCCCUCACAGCGACAGAGCCUGCUUUUCUCUGCCACAAUGCCUGGUUGGGUGAAGAAACUGGCGAGAAAGCACUUGACAAUAUUGCUUGCAGGCACUAGCAAGCACACUUGAUGAAGAGGAACUUGCUGACCUCAAGGAUCAAUUUGCUGCAAUUGAUGUAGAUAAAAAUGGUUCUAUUAGUCUUGAAGAAAUGAAAGAGGCCCUUGCUCAGGAUCUUCCCUGGAAGAUGAAGGAACCACGUGUCUUAGAGAUUCUUCAAGCGGUAGUAGUAGACAAUUUGCCUGAUGAGCAAGUGGAUCAUAUGAAAGAGCUGUUCGACAUGAUGGACACCAAUAAAAAUGGAGAUCUGACAUUUGAAGAGUUGAAACAUGGCCUGCACAAAUAUGGACAGCAAGUUGCUGAUCCUGAUGUGCAGAUGCUGAUGAGUCACGAUUUCUUGUAUUAGCAUCUAAAAAUAGAACUCCAUCUUAUAUGAGAACAGGCUGAUGAAGAUGGAAGCGGAACACUGAACUUAAAGGAGUUUGUGACUAUGUCAGUCCACUCGAGAAGGAUUGGCAACGAUGACCACCUUAUUCGAGCUUUUGAAUUCUUUGACAAGAAUUGAAGCGGAUAUAUUGAAUUUGAUGAGUUGAAAGAAGCUUUGAUAGAUGACAAUCUUGGUCCGAACAACGAAAAAAUUUAUUGAAGACA